CCGCCGGUAUCUGAAAUCCUCAUUUCCAGUUCCAUCUCCAAGCGGCAGCGCCGCCCUAGUGUCCGCCUUGGUGAAAUUGGAGACCAGCCUGCUCACGAUCCCUCUCAUCGCCGCUCCAAGUUCUCCAAACUUCUUGCUCCUUCCUCGGUUGCUGUAAUAGCCAAACCCACAACUAAGUCCCGAGCCACCACCGUCACAACGAGGCGUGUCCGCACGAACUGGCCCUCUCGGCUCGAUGAUGGAUUCGAAGCCCCCGCUGAGUUGAAGUCCAGCGGCGGGGAGGAUUCUAGAGAUGAUGAAUUCGUGGAAGAGUCCGAGAGCCCCUCCAAUAGGAACGACCGUCGGGCUUCUGCUAGGGUUAGGGUUUCUGACGGAGGGGACGAGCCCUCGGAAGAGGGUUUUAAAGGUUGGGCCGGCGGUGUUCGGCCGUGGCUCGAGGGGAUAGGGCUUGGGCGGUACGCGCCGGUUUACGAGAUACACGAGGUGGACGAUGAGGUGCUACCGCUGCUGACGCUGGAGGAUCUCAAAGACAUGGGUAUCAAUGCAGUCGGCUCAAGAAGGAAGAUGUACUGCGCUAUCCAGAAACUCAGAAAAGGCAGGGACUUAUAAGAAAUGAUUUCUUGAAGGAGAAAAUGAAGAGCUGCACCGCCUUGGUUCGUUUGAUGCUCUCGAACUGUUAAUGUUUGAUUUCGAACGUUUUCCCACCAAGUGGUCUCCUCACAUCUAAAUGUAGCUUGGAUAACGUUUAUUAGAUUAAGAGCAUAUCAAAUAUAGUUGUGAUGUUGUGGGAGUCAUGUAGCUUGCUAUGUCUAGCUUAAUUAUCAAUGUCUAUCUUGUUAUUUUCAAGUUUGUCGUUUUACUUGAAAUAUAUCUUACCUCUCUCUUUCUCAGUUAUAAGCAAUCAUAUCCACUUUAAGCCACAUCUUUGCUGCAAUGGUUCAACUGUUCCAUAAUUGAUUGCUUAUGAAGGGGCUUUGGAUACCUAGGAAUU